AUGUAUCAAAGCUCUCUUGCAAAUCUUGUCACCUGCAUUGUUAUGCUCGGACUGGAUUCAGCCGGAAAGACCACGAUAUUCAGCAACCUCAUGAUAAAGAAGUCUGUGGAAACGAUUCCUACUUAUGUAUUUAACGUAGACACCGUUUGACCUUGUAAAGGGGUCACUAUCAUAUUAAGGGAUGUCGGUGAAAAGGAGAUCUUAAGGCUUCUCUGGCAGCAUUAUUUAGCGAAUAUCCAGGGUCUGAUAUUUGUUGUGGAUAAAAGGAAGGAAGAAUCAGUGAGGCAAGGAAAGAGCUUUUUAGCAUCCUUGAAACUCCUGAGGCAUGGGGAUUACCCUUGAUCAUUAUAGGUGACAGGCCAGACCUUCCUCAUAUGCUCGAGUCACAGGAAUUGGCGCAGGAGCUGUCUCUAUCAGCACAAAGCAAACUCCUGGCACGUCCAAGAGGCAUCUGCCAUAACUAG